GGAGUCAAAGAGCAAACCUGUCAUCUGGUUCGUGGGUUUUCCUGCUGAUUUUUCAGCUACUACUGGAUAAUUUACUGGGGGUUUUUUUCCCUCAACUUAUAAAAGUUUGAUUGAAAGGGACAGGACAUUUGCUGAGGAGGGCUCUGCCACCUCUUGCCCCAGCGCAGAGCUGGCGUUGCUCUGUGAAAUGAUUUUCUCUGUGGUACUGGUGCUUUGGUGUGGCGUGGAGUCAGUCCAGUCCAGUGUUCCUCCUGUGUUCGUCCAGAAAGGCAAAGAUGUACUUCUGGAUGUCGACAAUGUGCCUGAAGACUUUUCUUUAUUUGUAUGGAAACUUGAGAAAGAGAAUUCGAUUUUAGUCACGUUAUAUCCUGGUGGCAAUUCAAAAAUCUCUAAAGCUUACACUGGAAGGAUUGAUCACCCUGAAAAAAAGAAAUACUCUGUGAUACUGAAGAACCUACAAGAGACAGACAGUAGAGUUUAUACUGGACGAGUGACAACAGACGAUGGCGACUCCACAUUAGUCCAACACAACAUCAUAGUUCAAGAUGUUGUGUCUCCCGUCCAGCUGGAGGUGAACUCUGUAUCAAACAGCUCACACUCCUGUAACGUCACUCUGACCUGCAGCACGGCCGACUCUCACAUCAGCAGCACUUUCAGAUGUAUCGAUCAAAAAUGUGAUCAGGAUGGAGGGAAUCAAUCAAAGAUCACAAACUCCAGUUCCAGUUUGCAAGUCUACCUGCUGGAUGUUACAGUGAUCUGUAAACACAGAAACCAGGUCAGCUCGACUGAGGACAGGACGGAUAUUCAACAUGUCUGCUCCCAGCUGAUUGGUUCACACAUCGUCUCUGACGGCAUUUCCUUCUGCCAGGUGAAGACAGUGGUGUUCUCUGCCGGUCUCUUCCUCAUGGUCUCUGCUCUCAUCAGUGUGCAUCUCUUUCUCAAACUCAAGAAGCAGAAAUAAGCAUUUUUCUUUGCUGUUCAGUUGUGCAUACAGCUUUAACAAUCAACGCUUCUGCAGUGGAAGAACACAGAACUGAUGAAAGGACCGUUCCAGUAAUGAUUUCUUUUUCUCAGGAAAUAUUAGUUUGAUAUAAAUUUUGUUUUGCAAAUGCUUUAUUAAGAAGGAAACGUCUUUGUGAGUAGUGCUCUUUCUAAUACUGAUCAUUCUUGCAUUUUCACUGAUAAUGUCUGAGUCUUGACUAAACGGAUAAAAUUAUGUUCAAAGAAUUUGCUCUUGGAGAAACUAAAAUUCAGAUUCAGAUUUCAUUUAUUCGUCCCACAGCAGGGAAAAUUACGGAGUGACUGCAGUGAAAAGGACAUUAUAAAGUGAAAAAGCUAAACACAAAAUAAGAGAAGAAUAUGAUGAAAAUAUGGAAUUUAACAACAAAAAAGGAUCCAAGAUAAAGUUCAAACAGUGAAAAACAAAGAAUGUUACACUGAGAGUAGUAGUGUGUUUGCUUUUCUUCUGAAUGGUUGCCAUUCAUGGAAAAAUUCAUCAGAUUGUAUGAGGUUUUUUUUUCUUCUUUUUAUUGUUAUCUAAAAAAGUGGAAUUCAGCAUGAGCCACAAUCACCAAACCCCCUGUAAAAUAAACAUGCACCUCAUAAGUAUGUAUUCCUGUACUUUGUUGACUUCAAUAAAGCCUAAUUAAAGGUGCUGUAGGUAGGAUUCUGCAUCUCUGCCAUCUUGCUUAGGGUUAUCUUAGCAAGAUGGCGAUUUGAAACCCAGUACAG